ACCCCUCCAUCUUCUCUUCUCUUCUUCUCACCUCUUUCAAGUGAAAAGAGGGAUAAAAUAGAGAACAAUUAUCGUGCUACUAGUAAUGGUCUCGUAGCAAUUACAAUUAAUAGUAACUCGCCCACACAUUAUCUUCUCCACCACCUGCACCAGUCCAUUAGCUAGACUCCACUUGUGAGCAAGUAUAUAUAUAGAUGUAAGAGUAUUGGUGAAGGGAGAAGACUGAUGAUCACAGGCUGCUUCAUUUUAUGGCAAUUCCAGCAGCAAUGAGCGGUGGCAACGGCGAAAAGUAUGGUCAUGAGCAUGACAUAGUGAUGCCUGGCUUUCGCUUCCACCCCACGGAGGAGGAGCUCAUCGAGUUCUACCUCCGCCGCAAGGUCGAGGGGAAACGCUUCAACGUGGAACUCAUCACCUUCCUCGACCUCUACCGCUAUGACCCAUGGGAGCUUCCUGCAUUUGCUACAAUAGGAGAGAGGGAAUGGUUCUUUUAUGUUCCUAGAGAUCGAAAGUAUCGGAAUGGUGAUCGGCCGAACCGGGUGACAACCUCAGGCUACUGGAAGGCUACUGGGGCUGACAAGAUGAUUCGGUCCGAGAACUCUAGGCCAAUUGGACUGAAGAAGACUCUCGUCUUCUAUUUCGGGAAAGCUCCGAAAGGCAUUCGAACAAGUUGGAUCAUGAAUGAAUACCGUUUGCCACCGGAUGAAACUGAUCGAAAUCAGAAGGCUGAAAUCUCGCUUUGCCGAGUCUACAAGAGGGGUGGAGUUGAAGACCGAUUCUCCGGCAUGCACAGGCCAUCGCCGUCGAAAGCUACCGGACCCGAUAAAAAGCACAAGGACAAUCACCAUCCAUCAACCUUCUUCACAACACCUACUGGAGAUUCCUCCUCAUCAGAGAUAAAGAAGAUCCAUGAAGUCGGAGUCUGUGGUAGCACAGAUGACAUAUCAGUUUACAGCACAACAGCUCCACUAUUGAACAUGACUGCAUCACUGGAAGAUGGGAUUUCACUGAACUCAUCAAGUACGCUGGUAUCAACAGGCACCCUCCUCCCUUCGGUUUCUUCUCCUAUAGCCACACCCACAGCUUCUGAGUUCAAUAAAAUGGUAGGCUACCACCAAGUCUACUUGAAUCUAACCAAUCAAUUGGUACAAGUGGCACCGCAGCCCCGGCUGCCCAUGCCCAAUUCACUGGCAACCAUUUCAGACAAGCUUUGGGCAUGGAAUCCGCUCCAUGAGGCAGGAAAAGACUUCACUAAUUUCAAGUAAUAGCAGCAUUGCACAUGCACAUAAUCCAUCUACUGUGUAUUUGUCUUUUGUUUUUGGUGUGUUAAGUACAAGUUUAGAUCGAUGGGAUGGAACUAUGCUGGGAACCUGUAGUUCAUGAAGUUUUAGUUAAUUUCACAGCAUAAUUUGUUGUUUUCUU